GCCGCCGACGUCAGCAGCCGAAUGGCAACAUUGUGGCGAGACUGAGGCGCGGAGUUGGGGAGACGCGUCGCUCUCUCGGGCCGGCUUCGGACGGAGGCGACGCCGAAGAGAAGGGGCGGGGAAUCGGGCUCCGGCGAGCGGCCGAGACGCGCCAACCGCCGGCCCCGAGCGCGACCGGCCUGGCCGGCCCGGCGAGCCCCACGUCUCACCUCCCGGGCGCCGCAGACGCAGCCCCGCGGCCUCGCGCGCGAGGGGCGGCCGGGGCGGGCGCGAGGCGCUGCGGCAGCGCGGGGCUUGUAAACAGAUCCGGCCGCACGUGACCAUGUGAACUACCUGCUUCGGGGACGCGUAUUGUCUGUCCCGGCAGCCGCGCCACAAAGGAGCGUUGUCGGUCCACGAGCGGCCGGGCCGGGCGAGCGAGCGGCGAGGCCGGCGGGCGCGCUAAGAUGGCUGAAGGCGCCCGGCGAGGGUGAGCGGUGGGCGCGGCGCAGCCAGCCGGCGAGUCCUCGGACGGGCAGGUCAGCGGCGCCCGCCCCGAGGCCUGGCGCCCGAGCCACCAUGUCGUUCGCGCUGGAGGAGACGCUCGAGUCGGACUGGGUGGCCGUGCGGCCGCAUGUGUUCGAGGAGCGCGAGAAGCACAAGUUCGUCUUCAUUGUGGCCUGGAACGAGAUCGAGGGCAAGUUUGCCAUCACCUGCCACAACCGGACGGCCCAGCGGCAGCGGAGCGGCUCCCGGGAGCCGGCGGGGGCGCGCGGGGCCGCCGAGCCGCCCGGCACCCCCGCGCCCGCUGACGGCACCCGCGGGCCCGGCAGCCCGGCCGCCAAGGGCCGCUCCGACAGCGCCGCGGCGACUCCGGGCAGGAGCCCCGGGCCGCGGCGGAGCACGGCCUGGGCGGAUGGCGGCGGCUCGCCGCGGAGCGCGCGCAGCCUGCGGGGCGACCCGCUGCUGCGGAGCCCGGCCGCCAAAGGCGCCGAGAGCCCGCUCCGGAGCCCGGUGCGGGCCAAGUCCAGCCCGGUCCGCCGAGGAGCUGAAGGCAAAGACGCGGCGGCCGCCCCGCCGUCGCCCAGGGAGGCCCCGGUGGCGUCGGUGCGCGUCGUGAGCGCCUGCGGGGCCGUCUCCGAGGAGAUCGAGGUGCUGGAACUGGUGAAGGAAGAGCCGGCGGCCCCGGCCACCCCGGCGCCCCCGGACGCCGAGCCCCCGCCGCCCGCCGCCGCCGCCGCCGAGCUGGAACCGGCGGCCGAGGAGUGCAGCUGGGCCGGCCUCUUCUCCUUCCAGGACCUGCGCGCCGUGCACCAGCAGCUGUGCUCGGUGAACUCGCAGCUGGAGCCCUGCCUGCCCGUGUUCCCCGAGGAGCCGUCGGGCAUGUGGACCGUGCUCUUCGGGGGCGCCCCCGAGAUGACGGAGCAGGAGAUCGACACACUGUGCUACCAGCUGCAGGUCUACCUGGGCCACGGCUUGGACACCUGCGGGUGGAAGAUCCUCUCCCAGGUGCUCUUCACCGAGACCGACGACCCCGAGGAGUAUUACGAAAGCCUUAGUGAACUGCGGCAGAAGGGCUACGAAGAAGUACUCCAGCGGGCCCGGAAGCGCAUCCAGGAGCUUUUAGAUAAGCACAAGAAUACAGAAAGCAUGGUGGAGCUUCUGGACUUAUAUCAAAUGGAGGAUGAAGCUUACAGCAGCCUUGCAGAAGCCACGACUGAACUCUAUCAGUAUUUACUACAGCCAUUCCGAGACAUGAGAGAACUUGCCAUGCUUAGGAGGCAGCAAAUCAAGAUUUCCAUGGAGAAUGAUUAUCUGGGUCCCAGAAGAAUCGAAAGUCUUCAAAAAGAAGAUGCUGAUUGGCAGCGGAAAGCUCACAUGGCUGUGCUAUCUAUUCAAGAUCUUACUGUUAAAUAUUUUGAAAUAACAGCUAAAGCUCAAAAAGCUGUGUAUGAUCGAAUGCGAGCAGAUCAGAAGAAAUUUGGUAAAGCAUCAUGGGCAGCAGCAGCUGAACGUAUGGAAAAACUCCAGUAUGCUGUUUCUAAGGAAACUCUACAGAUGAUGAGAGCCAAAGAGAUCUGUUUGGAGCAGAAGAAGCAUGCACUAAAAGAGGAGAUGCAGAGUUUGCAAGGUGGCACAGAAGCUAUAGCCCGAUUGGAUCAGUUAGAAGCUGAUUAUUAUGAUCUUCAACUUCAGUUGUAUGAAGUACAGUUUGAAAUCUUAAAGUGUGAGGAGUUACUAUUGACAGCACAACUGGAAAGCAUCAAAAGACUAAUAUCAGAAAAGAGAGAUGAAGUGGUGUACUAUGACACUUAUGAAAGCAUGGAGGCCAUGCUUGAGAAGGAAGAGAUGGCAGCAUCUAUGCAUUUACAGAGAGAAGAACUACAGAAACUUCAGCAGAAAGCUCGCCAGCUGGAAGCAAGACGUGGACGGGUUUCAGCCAAGAAAGCCUACCUCAGAAAUAAAAAGGAAAUUUGUAUCGCAAAACACAAAGAAAAAUUCCAGCAGCGCCUUCGGAGUGAAGAUGAAUACAGAGCCCAUCAUACAGUACAGCUAAAGAGAGAAAAAUUACAUGAUGAAGAAGAAAGAAAAAGCGCCUGGGUUAGUCAAGAAAGACAGAGAACACUGGAUAGACUUCGAACUUUUAAACAGAGGUACCCUGGCCAAGUCAUACUUAAAUCAACCAGAUUACGACUGGCUCAUGCAAGAAGAAGAAGCACAGCCAGUCCAGUACCCUGUGAGGACCAAUGUGACUCUCUACCAGGAGCAUUACAAAUAGAAGAGAAUAGUGAAGAGGUAGAGGAAGGAAGAGGCAAGCUUGGGUCAUCACAGAUAACAGACACCCAAAGCCUUGCACAACUUGAAGAUACUUCAUUAGCACAACUUGAAGCUACUUCAUUACCUCUUGGUGGUGUCACCUCUGAAUUGCCUCCCACUUCACCUCUUCCACUUUUAAGUAAUACUGAUCUUGAACCAGCUUCUGCCACCAUAGAUUCACUCUCACCACCUCCUCCUCCAACACCACCUCCACCACCUCCUCCACCACCUCCCCCACCCCCCCCACCUCUACCUGUUGCUAAGGACAGUACCCUAGAGACACUGGAGAAAGGUCUGCCGAAGAUGGAGGGGAAUGAGAAGAGGAUCCCCAAGUCUGCAAGUGCCCCCUCAGCACACCUCUUUGAUAGUAGCCAGCUGGUCAGUGCCAGGAAGAAGCUCAAAAAGACUGCUGAAGGUUUGCAGAGAAGGAGAGUGAGCUCACCCAUGGAUGAGGUGCUAGCUUCCUUGAAGCGUGGUAGUUUUCAUCUGAAAAAAGUUGAACAGCGGACUCUGCCUCCUUUUCCUGAUGAAGAUGAUAGUAACAAUAUCUUGGCACAGAUAAGGAAAGGGGUAAAAUUGAAGAAGGUACAGAAGGAAGUUUUGAGGGAAUCCUUCACACUUCUGCCCGACACAGACCCUCUAACACGGAGCAUCCAUGAAGCUCUUAGAAGAAUCAAAGAAGCAUCCCCUGAAUCAGAGGAUGAAGAGGAGGCGCUGCCUUGCACAGACUGGGAAAACUAACAAGUGUCUUAACAGAAAGAAGAAAUACCUACAAAACAGUUGAAGAUCAGUUCUUACUCUUUUGGAAAACAAAAUUAUAAGCAUUUAAUUCCAGAUUGGAUUUUAUUAGGUCCAAAGUGUACUGGCUCAAUAGUAUGAAAAAAAGGAAGCACAAUUGGCAAGUUAACACUUUCCUAGUCAUUCCAAUAGAUGGUGGGUAAAAUGAGUUUGAGAUGUCUAAUGUUCGUGGACUGCAAUGAAGAAGAGACCUUCUGAAGAUUCUUUUUGUAAAAGCACCUUCUGCUCCUGCCCACCCAUUUACAUCUUUAUAGUGGCCAGUUAGUUAGGGGUCGCUAUGAGUCAGAAGAACACUGGGUUGACAAACAUCUACUGUGAGUUGUAUUGUGACUGCUUUCAAAUCUGUCUUUCGGUGCACUGAAAAUCUGCUUAUAAAAUAACAGCUUCUUCCACCACAGUUAUAUAUAAAUAGUGUAACACUAUGAAAAAAGAAGUUUAUCGUGAUGUCUGUAGGACAAAUCGAAAGAAAAUUGGAUGGAAUUGCACUGAAAAUGACCACAUUACUCAUCUCCAAAGGAAUUUUCAUAAUGACAUUUUAGCAACACCUGAAAAGAUAGCAUGACCAUGGAGAUACACCUAUUAAUGUGUUUACCACAACAUCAUGCAUUUAAUAUGACAUAUUUUUUAGAAGGCCACACACUCUUACACUUUGUAUGGUUUCAAGGUAAAAAUGUUCAUGCUUUUAAAUAGACCUUCAUAAUUGUGAACUUAAAAUAGUUUGGAUUUCAGCUUUAUUUUAUGAGAAGCAAUACUCUGUAAUUUGAUUAUAUUUCAAAUUAUGUUUAAUCUUUUUGUUUGAAUUACUGCUUGAUUACUAUAAACAAGACUCUCCUAUUGAGAAUCAAAAGUUGGGAUUCAGUAAUAGGGAUGCAGACCAUAAAUCUCUUUUCAUGCACCAUUUAAGUUUUUAUUUUUAUGCUCACACGGGAAGGGAUGGGGGCAUGUAGCUAUGAGAACAGAGUAGAUAGACAGAAAAGUCUCCUUGGCUGACAUUUCUUUGUCUUCACAUGCUUGAGUAGAAUUUUGGAGAAAGCUUUUGUUAUUGUCACUGAAGUUUUAAUCAUAAGUAUGCAGCACUAGGUACUGAUUUUGUUCAUUCAGAGUCCAGAAGGCUAUGCCUUUUUAUGAUUGGAGUCAUUAUGAAUUCUCAGCAGGACUGCCUUGGGCUUGAAUGCAAGUGGAUAUAUUGGACCCAGUGUAUAGUACUUUGUAGAGUAUAAUUUUGCAUAAGACAGGUCUUGGCAUUUAAAUGAAUGGAAUAAAGGACUGAAGUACCAAAAAUUUUAUUUUUCAUAAGGCAAUUAAUUUUCUGGCUUAGAGCUAGAAAGCAUUUCCAGGGUGAAAGCCCUAAAGCAUAUACAAGUUGGCAUUUUACCUACAGAAAAAAGAAACACACCUUUGUCACUUUAAUAUGUUACUGCCUUUAAACUUAAACUGCAGAAGCCUGGGGGUGGCUUGCUGGGGAAGCACAUGCCUUGCAUGUGUGAGGCCCUCCCUGGAUUCAAUCCCUAGGAUGUUUUUAAAUUUCAAUAAUAUGUAUGUAUAUUGAUGAGACUAGGAGUUUGGCACAACUUUUCUCAGUCCGUGUAGUCUAGUGUUCCCCACAUCUUGCCUAAAAAGAUUAGGAACAAUAGGUUGAGUAUAUAAACAUGAUACCCAUUCCCUAAUGGAUGUGUUUUUUUUUCUUUACACACUCAGUUAAAAGCAUACUUGUGUCCGAAGGAAUGAUUGGUUUGAUAGUACAUUUUAAACAUUUCUGAAGAAAAUUUGCAAACAUUAACAAAAUCAUGUACUAAUUUUAUCCCUUUGAUGUUUUGUUUUUCAUAUAUUGGUAUUUAGAAAAAUUAGAAUACAGUACUAAAUCAACAGCAAAAGCAGUAUACCUUUCAUUUGUCAAAGGAAUUUGCUCUGCUUCCAUUGAAAGAUGACUUCACUAAAAAAAGGGGGCCUGUGGUCUGUGUGAGCCAGCUUGUAAUAUGAAUCUCUAGCAAAUAGUGGAGAGUGGAUAUGAGAGUAGCACUCUAAGAAAGCCAUCUCAUACAAGAGAGUAAGUUGGUUAAAGCAAAGCCCUUGUCCUGGCUAAGAACCUUUUCAACACAUCCAUUUCCCAGAUACAAUUUCUGUUUCUACAGUCUUACAAAGAACUUUGGAGUUCUCACAAAUAAUGUUAAUUUUUCAAAUAAUUAUUGCCCCUGUCCAUCAAGAUUAGAUUAGCAAUUCAAACUCGUAACAUUUAUUUUAAAGCAGUUUCAAAACCAAAUGAUCUAAGCAUGGUUUAAUUUCCUUUUUUUGACUCCUGUCCCUAAUAAUGUAAGCAUCUAUGGCCUUAGUAUUCAUUUUGUAUAUAUUUAGUUAUGAUGGUACUUACAAAUGAUCAUAUUUCUAGUUCCAGACUUGCCUGUACUAUGUAUAUGGUUUUAAAUAUCUGGUGGUUAUAUUUCCAUUAAUGUAUGAUUUCUGUCUUAAGAAUCCACAAACAGCUGCUUGUUUUAGAAAUUAAUUUACCAAACAAAUCUAGUCUCAACUGCAGUAUAUUUAAGAUAACAAAACAAAUAGAUGAUGAUGACCUGGGGAUAUUUAGAGGUUAAUAGUAUUCUCACUUGAAGGUAAAUUUUAAAUAUUUAUUCUAAUGCAACCAAAAUUAUGUAUAUAUAACCAAAUGGGGCAUGUAUAGGAAAGGCAUUUCUAAUGAUUUAACAUCCUAAUAGAACUUUAGUUUAGAAGUACAAGGAAAUGUCUGGCUGAAGAGGAUUUUUAAAAGAUGACCAGUUGUCUUGCUUAUUUGAUGUAUAUUUUAUAGCUGCCUUGAUUUUGUGAGCAACUUAAAAACAAUCAUUCCUUAGUUUUCACUGUGGAACUGAAAUAUUUCUAUAAAAUGCAUAUUUAAGUGCUCAGCACAAUAGCUGCAGGUAUACCAUUUCCACAGUGAAAUGUGGGGCUUUUCUCAAUACAUGAAAUAGAACAUUUUCAGCAUUUUCAUGGAUAUUUUUUAUUGGAAUGGGGGGAAAAAUCCUUGAUUUUUAAAAAUUGCUAACUAUGCAGCAAUAUUUGUGAACAAGUGGCAUGACCACUUUCUGUUAUAAAAUGUGUUAAAUUAUAAAGCACACUUUGGCCAUAUAGACGCUAAAAAUUAAAACUUUUAAACCAGUGAAAUAAAAAAUAAGAGGCAGCAUCCUUUCUUUGGAAUGGGACCAAUGUACAAUAAAAUUUUAUAUAUUCCCUAAAACUUUAUUUUUAAAUUGCAACCAUUGAGUGGGUUUAAUUUUUUUUUCUUCAUUUUUAGAUUUUUAAGUCAACGCUUGUAGCCUAAGGGAAGAUUUUUCUUUAGCUAAAUACAAAGGUUUAUUUUUGUUUUAGGGGGAGGGUUUGUUUUGGUUUUGGUUUUUUGGUUACUCUAUAACUUAGGUCUUAAGCACUUAGUAUCAGAUCCGAACCUAUUAAGUACUAAUGGGUUCUUAAAGGCACUAUCAGAGAGUUGAAAUUUUAUAACUUGACCAAGAUAUUUGUAGUCUUUUUUGAACAACUGUAAAACAUUUAAAAAUUGUGGGAGUUGUAUUGUUAAAAUUCAACAGUGAAAACAGAAACACUAACAAGUUUUACAUGAUUCUUGCACUGAAUUUAAAUGAUAAUAUAAAAUUUAAUGUGCAUUUUAAAAGAUUUCCCAUUUAUUGCUUAGCAUAGAAGAAUUACUCUUAGAGGACUGGCCAGCAAGAUGUAUUUCAGAUAAAAGAGGGGCAAGAAAGUAGAAGCACCUUACUGCUGGUGGGGGUGGGGUGGGGUUUGCCGCAUUUAUUUAGUGACACUGAACAAUUCAGUAGUGAUCUCUGAACUUUUCUGCAAAGUGCUCUUUAGCUAAAGCACCUAAAGAAGAGUCUGCUUAAUUGCUUUGUAAAAUGAAGCAAUGAUGUUUUUAAUCCUAUAAAUAUAGUCUAAUUUAAUUAAAAGUUUUUCCUACAGAAUGAGUUUAUAUUGCUGCCUAAACUAUCAUGUAUGUAAAUGGAGGUUUUUUGUUUUUGUUUUUUAUGAUAAGGAGUAGUCUGGAUUCAGAGAGAGAGCGAGAAAGAGAGAGAGAGAGAGAAAAUGUGUGUGUUGUUUGCUUAUGAGUUAUUUCAAAAUGAAUUCAUUUAAGAAUUUCCCCUUUGCCCACAGUAAAUGUAAAGCUUGAUAUUUAAGAAUUUAAUUGAUUGAAUUCCAAAUUUUAACUGUUCCACCCCACUCUAAAUACAUUUAUUAUGCCACUGUAAGGUGCAUGUACAGAAGAUACUUCUGUGGUUGACAUUAAAUGUUUUACCAAUGUUAUUUCACACUGAAUCUCAAGCAGUCUUUCAUUUUGAGAGUCAGGGAAAAUUAGAGUUUUUCACUUUUGUUCUUAAGGUGUAGCUAAGCGCGGCUCAAUUAAGGGAUUUACAGAUGGAUAAGAAAGAGUUUGAAAGUGAUUUUCAAAUUAAUAUAAAAGGUAUGGGUGUUGAGCGUAGAGUUCAGUUUUAAUAAGGGAAGGUUUUUUUUUUAACUUAUUUUAACUUGCAUGUUCUAUGGUUAAGUAUUAAAGAGUAUAACAAAUUACUCUAGCUUUCCCCAAUACUAAGUUCUAUUGAUUUUACACCUCCAUAAUCACAAAAUGGCAUUUCCCAACCAAGAGAGUAAACAGUACAACCCAUAUAGUGACUUCUGAUGUUUCAGCUUGGACAGAAGCCCCAUUUUCUUAGUGAAUUUUCAUGACAUGGAAUGGUUCUUGCCAAGUGUGAAACCAUAAUAUUUAGUAUAUGAAAUAUUGAAGGCUACAGAUUAUUUUGCAUGAAUAAAGCCUACUGGCACUCAUGAAACUGACAAGUUUUUUAGCCAUUCUGGAUAAAUGAGAAUUUUAAUGGCAAACUGAUACACCAUUUAUAGCUUUGUGCAAUAUUAUAAUGGUAGAAGCAAAACACUAGCACGUUGUGCUUGGCUUUUAAGGAUGGCUUUAAUACCAAUUAAAUGGACAGUGCACAAUGUAUUGUAAAUGCCAACUUUUGCAAAUUUACAAUACUUAAACCUGCUCAGUUAACAUUCUAAAGUAUUAAAAGUACAAAGGAAAAACUAAGCAAGCAUUUAUAGCAAUACUAUGAAAUCUCCAAUAAUUGUUUUGACUAUUGCCUUUUGCUCUUUAGUGCAAAUUUUCUGCAUUGUAAUUAUUGUAUUGCUUUGUAUUUCAUGUUUUUUACACUCAUGACUUCAAAGUUAAGUACUUGUACACCAAGUAUUGCAGUCACCUUUCUCUUGUACAUGCAAUGUAACAACAUACAGUUUUGGUGCUUAACAAUAUUCCUUUUUUCAUUAAUAAAAGAUAUUUAUUGAGUUAACCUGAUUUUGUUUGCUUAAAAUAGCUAGGCACUGGUGGUAGAGAAUUGUUAUUUCAAAUAGUAGAGCAUAGCAAGUUGUGGAUUUGUUAUAACUUGUUGCUCAGAAUUAAGAGACUAUCCACCUUGUACUUCUUCCUGACCACCGUUUGUAAUAAAGUAUAUUUUAAUUUGU